GUUGCUUCCUCCGUAGCUAGCUCCCGUCCACCUGAUCUGCCUUGCCUGCCUACUCCACCGAUUAGUUAAAGCCAAUGAAUAGCAUUCCUCCGAGGGUACUAUAAGUGCUCGCGGUCGUCGUCGUCGUCGUCCCCAUCCCCUCUCUUCUCCAUCGCCUUCUAGCUAGCAGCAGCGCUCUCUUCUUGCUCUUCGCUAUCCUGCCCGUUGUCCUCUCCCUCUUGGAUCGAUCCGGCCUUCGCCGGCCAUGAAUUGCGCCGGGGUCGCCGAUGGGUUAGCUGCAGGCGAGCCGGAUGCCGGCGUCGUCGGCCUGCCACGUAGGAGGAGCUGCCUGUAGUGUAGCUGAGCUAUAGUGGUCGAUCGAUCUGCUGCUUCUUGGGGGGCGAGGAAGAAGAAUAUAGCCGAGGCUUUGGCGCCAGCUCUCAAGGACAGCACGUUGAUAUCAACUCUGACAGCAUGGAUUUUCAGCACAAGGCGGAGGCAGUUAAUUUCCGGUGACGCACACCAUGGAUCCCCAGACAUUUGUGAGGCUCUCAGUCGGGCAGCUUGGCCUGAGGCUCCCCGGCGCAAGCGCCAGAAAGGCUUGCCACUGCGAGAUCCGGCUCCGAGGCUUCCCGGUUCAGUUAGCUCCGGUGCCUCUGGAAAAUUCUUCAGAGUUCCACCUUGACCCGCACGCCAACGCGGCGGUCUUCUCCCUGGACGAGCCCGGCCUCAAGGCGCUGCCGACGUCGAGGUGGUUCCGAGCCCCGGAGCCGCCGUGCCUCGAGAUCGUUGUGUACGCGAGCAGGCGCGACGGCGGCGGGCACUGCGUCGGGUUGAAGCGGCGGCUGGUCGGGGCGGUCAGGGUGGACGUCGGGCCGGAGUGGCGCGACGGCAAGCCUGUGCUGCUUCGCCACGGCUGGACGGGCAUCGGCAGGGCGGCGGAGCUGCACGUGCGAGUGAGGGUGGAGGCUGACCCUCGGUACGUGUUCCGGUUCGAGGACGAGGUCACGCUGAACCCGCAGGUGGUGCAGCUCCAUGGCGGCGCCAGCCAGCCCAUCUUUAGCUGCAAGUUCAUCCGCGACGUGAGGCGGGCGUCGCAGCCGGAUCAUUUGGGCGGGCAGUACUGGUCGAGCUCCGGAAGCGGCGUGGAGAAGGAGAUGGAGAUGGCGGGGAGGAGGAGGGAGAGGAAGGGCUGGAAAGUGGCGAUCCACGACCUGUCCGGCUCCGCCGUGGCCGCGGCGUUCAUGGCCACGCCGUUCGUGCCGGCGACGGGCCGCGACACGGUGGCGCGGUCCAACCCAGGCGCGUGGCUCAUCGUCCGCGCCGACACGACGGGGUCGUCGGAGAGCUGGCAGCCGUGGGGCCGGCUGGAGGCGUGGCGGGAGUGCGCCGCGCCGGCGGGCGGCAAGGACGCCGUGUGCCUCCGGCUGCAUCUUCUCCCGGAGCGGCGGGACGCGUGCGUGCUCGUGUCCGAGACGCCUCUGAGCUGCGACAAGGGCGGGGAGUUCUCCAUCGACAUGGACAGACAGUCGGUCCUCCCGGAGGACGCGGUGGCGUCGGAGACGCCGUCGGCGUCGUCGUACUGCGCGGCGAGCAUGGGGGAGUCGUGCGCGGGCGGCGGGUUCGUGAUGAGCUGCAGCGUGCAGGGCGAGGCGGCGACGGGCAGCAGGCCGCCGCUGGUGCACCUCGCCGCGCGGCACGUCGUGUGCAUGGAAGACGCAGCCAUGUUCCUCGCGCUCGCGGCCGCCGUCGACCUCAGCGUCAAGGCGUGCCGGCCGUUCCGGAGCAGGACGGCGGCGGCCAAGAAGAAGACGGUCGCUGGCUCCUCUUCCCCCGAUCCCCUGGAGCUCGACACGUAGAUUAGCUAGAGCUAGCAGUCCUCACUCCUCAGUCAAGCAUCAGAUCAUCCAUGGUCACUCUGUAAAUCCACUUGUUUCGACUAAACUUGUUGAAAGCACUACCGGUUUUUUCUGAACC